GUCGCCUCUAGGCCGGGCUUACGACCUGCUGUUGGCUGCUCAAUUUCAUUGAGAUUCAGGACGAGGGUCGGGGCGGCAAAUCGUCACAGAGGUCGCAGUAGACGGAUGUGCAGCCGAAGAUGAAGAGCGGGAAGGCGAGGACAGAGCAAUCACCUCUGCUGUGCGUGGUCCUACAGGAAGUCUCGAAUGGGCGGUGAUUUAUUUGCCACAAAAGUAUUCUUUGAAGGAUGGCAGAAGCGGUUUUGACUGAUCUUUUUUAUUUGAAAUUGAACUCUCAAAAAAACUGCCCUCAGACAUUACUGAAGACGUUGAAUGCUGUCCAAUACCACCAUGCAGCCAAGGCCAAGUUUCUUUGUAUAAUGUGUUGCAGUAACAUCAGCUAUGAAAGGGAUGGAGAACAAGAUAAUUGUGAGUUAGAAACAGGCAAUGGAUUAUCAGCUCUCUUGAAAGAGUUUGAGAUUGUUAGCUGUCCCAGCAUGGCUGCCUCUUUGUAUACCAUUAAGCAGAAAAUUGAUGAAAGAAAUCUGAGCAGCAUUAAGGUCAUUGUACCCAGGCACAGGAAGACAUUAAUGAAAGCUUUUAUUGAUCAACUCUUCACUGAUGUUUACAAUUUUGAAUUUGAAGAUUUGCAAGUGACUUUCAGGGGAGACUCUUUGAAACAGUCCAUUGAAAUAAACAUUAUCACAGCUCAAGAACUAAGAGAAAUUCAGAAUGAAAUAGAAACAUAUUUGAGAAGUCUGCCAGCACUGAAAGGAGAAUUAACUAUUAUCACUUCUCCUUUGAUCCCAGCAGAUAUUUUCAUACAUGGAUUUACUACAAGAACAGGUGGGAUAUCUUAUAUACCAACUCUUAGCUCAUUGAAUCUCUUCAGUAGUUCCAAACGGAGAGAUCCCAAGGUAGUUGUUCAAGAAAAUCUGCGUAGGUUGGCAAAUGCUGCAGGAUUUAAUGUGGAGAAGUUUUACCGAAUAAAGACUGAUCAUUCCAAUGACAUCUGGAUUAUGGGAAGAAAAGAGCCUGACUCUUAUGAUGGAAUAGCUACAAAUCAGAGAGGAGUCACAAUAGCAGCUCUUGGUGCUGACUGUAUACCGAUAGUUUUUGCAGAUCCAGUCAAAAAAGCAUGUGGGGUUGCUCACGCUGGUUGGAAAGGUACUUUGUUGGGCGUUGCUAUGGCUACAGUGAAUGCUAUGAUAGCAGAAUAUGGCUGCAGUUUGGAAGACAUUGUUGUUGUACUUGGACCAUCAGUAGGACCUUGCUGUUUUACUCUUCCAAAAGAAUCAGCAGAGGCAUUUCAUAAUCUUCAUCCUGCAUGUGUACAACUAUUUGACUCACCAAAUCCCUAUAUUGACAUCCGUAAAGCCACAAGGAUUCUUCUAGAACGGGGAGGAAUUCUUCCACAGAAUAUUCAGGACAAGAACCAAGAUCUCAACCUCUGUACAUCUUGCCAUCCUGACAAGUUUUUCUCCCAUGUCCGAGAUGGCCUUAAUUUUGGUACACAAAUUGGCUUCAUAUCAAUUAGAGAAUGAGAUAUUUGACUGGAUUUUUGCAUAACUGUUUCCUGUCUCCUUCCAAACUGACUGCAAGAGAGAAAUUUAGCUGUUUGAUUUACUUAAAACCAAAUGGAUUACAAUGGAUAAUUCAUCUUUAGGGCACAUUUUUACUAUUAUUCAAAGCCAAAUUAUUUUCACUUAAUUAUAGUAAUAACUGACAAAAAUCAGUAUGUUGUAGCUAAUAUAUUUUAUGCAUGAGAAUUAUUCUUAAAGUUUGUUCUCCCUGUUUAUUACACAGAUCAGGAAUAGAUAUGUUCAGUUCAGUAUUAUUGGAUACCCUCUAUUGGUCAGGCAUUGUGUUAAGCAUAGGUGAAUCAAAAUGAACACGACUUUUUUCCUUUGAGUCUAAUACAGUGAAGGAGAUACAACUUAAAUUUAAUUUUAAUAGCAGUAGAAGAGAACAGAAGGAAUAGAGGUUAAUUUUACCCAGAAGGUAGGAUAGAGAAAAUAUGACAGAGAAAAUCACAUAUCACAUGGGCCCGAAAAAUGUCGAGGCUUUUGGCAAAUGAGGAAUAACGAUAACAGGUAGAGGGAACGCCAUGAACCAGGGCAUGAAACUGAAAGUGCAUAACAUAUUCUAGAGAGAGAAGGGUGUGGCCAGGAGUUACGGCUGGAAAAACAGGUUGGAAACAGAUAAGUAAGGGUCUCAAAUGCAGUGUCAAAGAGCUUGCAGUUUAUUUUCCAGGCAAUAAGUAGGCAGAAGAAAAAAAAAGUGUUUUUAUUUCCAUGGCAUCAAACUUAACAGGAUGGAUUUAAAUUGUGUGAGACCAAAGCAUAGAGUCUAGAUAAGAGGUGGUCAAAAUAUUUAAAAAGAAAUAAUGAAGGUCCAGUGAAGGAAGUGGAAAUUAAAAGAGAGAAGGGAGUGGAUGGAUUAAAGAGACAUUUCGGAAAUGGAAUCAAUAGCUCCCGUUACUAGAUAAUGGAAGUAAGAGGCGAGGAAGAGCGGAAAAGUCAUUAAUGACUCUAAGAUUUCUGCUUGGCUGCUUACCAAGAUUGGCAGUAAAGGGAGGGAGAAGGUUUGGGAAAAGAGAGAAGGAUAAUGAGCUUGACUUUACAUAGAAUGAAGGGCAUCCACAUAGAAAUCUUUCAUUAAUAAUUAGAAAUAUAGACCUAGAACUUAGGAGGAAACCUGAGACAGAGACAAAGAUUUCAAAGCUCACGAUAUAGAAAUGAUGCCUGAUUCUAUUGGAGCAGGUUGGAUCAUCUAGGCAGAAAUUAGGAUGAGAAAAAAGGAAAUUUAAGAAUAUAACCCUAUAAAACACCUGCAUUUCAAGAAUAAGAAGCAGAAGGGGUAAAAAAAAUUAGUCAUAAACGUAAGAAAAAAUAGGGUAGUUGUUUUGAAGAAGCCAGGAUAGGUGUGGAAAGUUCUCAGAAAGAAAUCUUGAGGGAUAAAAUAAAGUGAUAAUUAAAAAGAACUCAGUGGAUUAAAUGUAUUGAAACUGUUCUAUAGGCAGUGGUCAUUAAGUCAGCUUUCAGUGCAUUGAGGAAGAAGAUGCAUAGGUGUCAACUCUUCUUUGACAGUAUUUACUAGAGAAGAGAAAAAGGCUGGGACUGCUUCUUGAAGGAAGGGACUUUUUUUGGGUGAGUGGUUUUGAGUAUGUUUGUCAACUAAAGAGAGGAGUUAAGUUUUCAUUUGGGAAAAAAUGGUACAUAUAUUUAAUGUAAAUUAUCACAUUGCAUUUUGAAAUUUUUCUUAUUUAAUAUACGUAUUUCCUACAUGUAUAUGUGGUAGCAUGAUAGCAAAUAAUAAUGUUUGGUAUUUCUGAAGGUCUUUUACAAACAUUACCUCAUUUUACCUUUAUAGCUACUCUGAAAUACAUAGGCAUUAUCCCUUUUAUUCAGCUGAGAAAACUGUGCUUCACUGAGGUGGAAGUCAAAAAUCAUAUACUUUGUGAUGAAGAUUGGAACAUACGUUUUGUGACUCUAGUUUUUCUUUCAGAUUUUAAAAUUAAAGCGAUCUAAAUUAUAUUUUUAACUUUUUGUUAACUUCAUUUAUUCAUACAUUCAGUGAAAAUUUUGUGGCGGUACUGGGUUAGGUUAAAAAAAAUACAGUUGUAGCCCUCAGAAUAUUUAAUAUCCAGUGAAAAGUGAUAGUUACUAAACCAGCAAUUUCAAUACUUUGAUAUAUGUUGUAAGGUUGUGACAACCUGAUUCUUGUUUAAUUCUAUAUUUACCUUAGCCCAGUGUUAAGUUUAAAUAAAAUAUCUCAUUUUUUCCAAUUCAGGAAAGGCACUAAAUAUAAAGCGCCUAAUAGAAAUGUUGAACUCAUCCAAAAUAUUAUUUUGUUUGAUGACAAUGAUAAAGAUUAAGGAAUAAUUCCAUGUAUUGAGAAAGACUGAUAAUUUUCUAAUUCUUCACUGUGCAUUAUUUUGUUUGAAGUUGGCAAAUUUAGAGUAUCCCACAGACACAUUUCACUUUGUGUACUACAACAUUCUAAAGUCAAAUAAAAAUUAUUUUUGAUUAUCUGAUUUUGUAUUAUCUCUCCCAAAAUAUAUAAUGAAAAGUUGUCUCCUUGCUGCUUUACUGAAUGAAAAGUGUUGUUUCAGUAACUCAGAACUAUCAGAUUAUUAAGUAAUUAUCUUAUUGCUUCUACAAGAUAACUAUCACUCUCACACAUUUGUACGUAGGUUUCUAGGACUUUUGGGAUAUAACAACAAAGAUUAUUUUUAGUAAAUUAAGUUUUGUUUUGUUUUUGGUUUUAAUUUUAUUUUUGAUUUAUAAAUAAUCAUGGUACCUAUUCAUGGGCUAUAUAAUAAUGUUUUCAUUCAUAUAAUAUACAGUGAUCUGAUCAAGGUAAUUAGCAUAUCUAUCAUCUCAAGCAUUUUUGUGUUACGAACCUUUAAUAUGUUCCUUCCAGCUAUUUCAAACUAUGUAAUAUACUGUUGUUGACUAUAGUUAUCCUACAGUGGUAUAGAACACUAGAACUUAUUCCUCCUAAAGUUUUGUUUUUAAUCUAAGUUUUUGUUUUACAGUUAACUGUACAUAGGAAAUAUUGAUUAUUUUAUUAAUAAGAGGAAUUAAGUUUGUAAAUCAAAUAAACAUUAAUGAAAUGCC